AUGAUCGAUGACCAGGCGGCUGCUCGGUUCCCUGCAGGCAAACGCUUCGGCAAUUGGGUGAUUAUAAAAAGAAUUGAUGAGGGAGGAUUCGGACAAGUAUAUAAAGUGCAGGACGUGGUCACCAAGAAAUAUGCAGCUUUAAAAGCAGAAUCGAAUGACAUUGAAGGUGGAUCUGCGCUUAAACUUGAGAUGAACGUUAUGAGAACAAUUGCUGCCGAUGGCGAAAAACCUCACGUACCAAAUGUAUUCCAUGCCGCUAAACGGCGACGAUUUUGUUAUAUGAUUAUGACAUUACUCGGAGAGAACUUAAAAGAGUUAAAGCUGAGUUGCCCAAAGGAGUACAUGACCGCAAGAACGUGGACCCGGAUAGCGAUUCAGUGCCUAUAUAGCGUUAAAGUCGUCCACGAUUACGGCUUUGUGCAUCGCGACAUCAAACCGAACAAUUUCGUUAUGGGAUACCGAGAGGACUACGAAAGAGCGCGAAUUGUACACAUUCUUGAUUUCGGGCUAUCUAGGUCAUACGCGGUAAAGCAG